GGGACAGGUAGCCGGAAUCGGCGUCUACCUGGGUCCCCCCACCUCGCCGGGCGGCCUCAAGGCCCGUCCCGGCUUAGGGGGAAAGGGGAGUUUGCCGCCGAGCUCUCCUCCCACCCACCGCCUUCUCCCCCCGGGGAAGUGACGGGUUGCAAGUUUUAAUGCACCCGGCAUCCUUUUGCAACUUAAUUCUUUUGGUCUAAAUUGCCCUCCCACUGCUCCUCAACGCAUGCUCGCCGGCAUGCAGUUGCGGCCACUGCUGGCAAAGUUUGAAGAGGGGUGUCCCCACCCCUGCGCCCCGCCCCACCCCACCCCACCUAGAGCCCCGGGGCGUGCAAGGCUGGCGGCUGCUGGGAAACACUCGCUACAGUCCCCUUGACCCUGCCCUGUAACUGACCCUUGGGGAAAAAGCCCCCUGCACGGCUACUGCGCAUGCUCUGAGCUGGACAGCUCCAGAGAGGGAAAUUUAAAAACGGUUCGAGCCGCGACGGCGGCCAAAUUGCUGAACGCGAGGGGCGAGCGCGAGGGAGCCCCCCUCCGGAACCCCCGCCCGCCCCAAGAGCGCCUGCAGCGGCGGCCAGACGAGGAUCGGCUCCAGGAGAUGAUAGAAAGUGACAUCUCAUCUAUGAUGUCAGGAAUUCUGCAAAACUCAGGGCAAAAUCAUCACCCCUCUCCACAGGAGUACAGGCUCCUGGCCACCACCACCGGUGAGGACGACCUUCCCGGGGACCUGCAGUCGCUGUCAUGGCUCACAGCUGUGGACGUGCCGCGGCUGCAGCAGAUGGCGAGUGGCCGCGUGGACCUGGGUGGCCCCAGUGCACCCCACCCACAUCCAGGUGCCUUGGCCAGGGCAGCCAGCCUGCAUGUGGGAGCCACCCCAGGUCCACUGCUCCACGGCCCGGCUGGCAUGGUCCCCCCAGGCAUGCUGGGCCUGGGCCCCAUGGCCAAUCACGGAGCCAGCAUGAACCAGAUCCCUGUGGGGGGCCAGCCCUCAUCCAGCCUGCAGGACCAGCCACAGCUGUACUCGCCCGCCUCCCAAACGCAGUUAUCGCUGCCCCCAGGCACCCAGCAGUGCCCCCCUAUGGGCCUGUACGGCUCCCCGUUUGGCGCACGGCCUCCCUACCCCCAGCCCCGCAUGGCUGUGCAUUCGUCUCGGGAACUGCACCCCAAACACUACCCCAAGCCCAUCUACUCAUACAGCUGUCUGAUUGCCAUGGCCUUGAAGAACAGUAAGACAGGCAGCCUGCCUGUGAGCGAGAUCUACACCUUCAUGAAGGAGCACUUUCCCUACUUCAAGACGGCUCCCGACGGCUGGAAGAACUCGGUGCGGCACAACCUGUCCCUGAACAAGUGCUUUGAGAAGGUGGAGAACAAGAUGAGUGGCUCCUCGAGGAAGGGCUGCCUGUGGGCCCUGAACCUGGCCCGCAUCGACAAGAUGGAGGAGGAGAUGUACAAGUGGAAGAGGAAGGACCUCGCCGCCAUCCACCGGAGCAUGGCCAACCCCGAGGAGCUGGACAAGCUGAUCUCGGACCGACCGGAGAGCUGCAGACGCCCUGGCAAACUGGGAGACCCCGAGGGCCCCGUGCUGACUCAUGCCACCACGGUGGCCAUGGCCCAUGGACGCCUGGCUGUCUCCCAGCUUCCGCCCCAGCCACUGAUGACCCUGUCCCUGCAGUCCGGCCCCCUGCACCACCAGGUCCAGCCCCAGGCACAUCUCGCCCCAGACUCUCCCGCCCCGGCCCAGACCCCACCGCUGCACGCCCUGCCGGAACUGAGCCCCAGCCCCCUCCCCCACCCCGCCAUGGGAAGGGCGCCCGUGGACUUCAUCAACAUCAGCACCGACAUGAACCCUGAGGUGGAUGCCCUGGACCCCAGCAUCAUGGACUUCGCUCUGCAGGGGAACCUCUGGGAGGAGAUGAAGGAUGGGGGCUUCAGCCUGGACACGCUGGGGGCCUUCGGAGACUCCCCCCUCGGCUGUGAGCUGGGGGUCUCGGGCCUGACCCCCGUCUCCGGCGGCAGCGACCAGUCCUUCCCAGACCUGCAGGUGACGGGCCUGUAUGCUGCGUACUCGACCCCAGACAGCGUGGCCGCGUCGGCCACAACCUCGUCCUCCCAGUACCUGGGCAGCCCAGGGAACAAGCCCAUCGCCCUGCUUUGAGGUGACGCCUCACCUGCCCCGGCACCCGGAACCCCGGGCUUGGGGUUCCUGGACGCAAGGCCUCUUACCUCUCCGUCGGCACCCCGGGCCCUCUCGCACCUCCGCAGGAGGCCUCUGGGGCCACCUCGAGUCAGAAGGACAGAGGACAACGGAUGGGCAUUGCAGCCUCCCUGACCUCCUGACACCUGAGAACGAGAUUUCUCCAGCCUGCAUCCCCGCCGGGCUCCCGAAACGACCCGCAGUCCCCUCUGGGGUGGGACCGCCAUGGAAACACCCCAGCAGGGAGGCCCUUUAAUUUAUUCUUCUGGGAUUAAGCCUCCACCUCAGCCUCCAGAGGACAGGCCUUGAGGCCAGGAGCAGAGCUGGGAGACUGGCGUGCCUCUCUUGGACCGGACCGGGCUGAACUCCGGAAUGGGUGCCCGGCCCUCCCCUCCGGGCUCCCCACUCCCAGAGUCUGUUAGAGUCUCACACAACAGGUCCCGGGCCCAUGCGGGGCACCGUGUCCCUGUGUACAUUUAUUUAUAUUUAUUGGAGCCCAUUCACACCACCUCUCGGAACCCAGCCCCUGGCCUCUCCCGAAUUACCGGUGAAUCGUGACUCCAACUGGCUCUUAACCCCUUUGCAGCCCUGGGCUGCUUUUUAGAACAGAAAGCACUUUUGACACUAUGAGACAUCCACUUUUUCUAAAUUAGGUUCCAGAUACCUUUGUUUUUUUUAACGUUUAUUUAUUUUUGAGAGAGAGAGAGAGAGAGACAGAGUGCGAGCAGGGGAGGGGCAAAGAGAGAGGAAGACACAGAAUCCGAAGCAGGCUCCAGGCUCGGAGCUGUCAGCACAGAGCCCCGUGCGGGGCUCAAACUCAUGAACCAUAAGAUCAUGACCUGAGCCGAAGUCAGAGGCUUAACCCACUGAGCCACCCAGGCGCCCCAGAGACCGGAUGACUUUCUAACUGCUCAGGCAUGGUCCAGAUCUCUUCCCACGUGCUCCUAAGAGGGGAGGUGCCAUACAUAGUUUGGGGCUGGGGGGCUUUCUAAGGGCAAAUCGGGAGGGGGAUGGGAAGAAUGGCAGGGGCGUUCUGUGCUGGAAUUAAAGACACUCCUGAUGGAGGGCAAGCAAACUGAACCAUGUAAAACUUGACCCAUGCAGUGAGUAGGGGCCAGCAAAGCUAUAAUGCAGAGUAUUUAUUGGCACCUGUUUGUUCAUUGCCCUGUGACCGUUUUAUGUUUGUUUGUUUUUUUUUCUUUUUGUCAACUACUGAUUUUGCAAAUGGCGGAUUCUGCAGAUGGUGGGUUGGAGGAGGGACAGGGGAGGGGGGUGGGGAAAAGAGAAGGUAACUCGGGAUCUUCCAGCUAAGGUGAUGCCAAGAAUCUGCUAGACUGGCUUGUGGCACUGCCCUCUCUUGCCCAGCUGGAUGUUUGGCUCCUGUGUCUGCGAGUUCCCAAACCCAAGAGCCAGAAUUUUCAUCAGCCAGCCACCUGGAGGGUUCAGGGUUUAGACUUGUCUUGAAGGGCCACCUUUAAGUACUUCCUACCUGGUUCCGGAACUUUCUGCCAAGCAGCCACCGUCUUUUGACACAGCCCGGUGCUGUGCGUCUGAGCAGGACCGCUCAGCUGCUUUGUGUGAUGUGCCCCCCCCCCCCCCGGAUAAGUUAAGAUGUUUGAGUCAUUGUCAACAAAGACCCCACGUUCGGGCAACACCAAGACUCUGUAAGAGUAGUGACGAAUAAAUGUCUUCUGUCAAUAAAGGC